AUGGAGGAAGAUGAAGAGGAGGACUACAUGUCCGAUUUGUUUAUUAAGCAGGACGUAAGGCCAGGCUUGCCCAUGGUGAGGCGGGUGAAAGAAGCUAUUCAGAAGGAAGAGAAGCAAAAAGAAGCCAAUGAGAAGAACAGACAAAAGAGUAUAAAAGAAGAAGAAAAAGAGAGACGUGACUUAGUGCUGAAAAGCGCGUUAGGCAAUGAGAACAAAGGCUUUGCCUUGCUCCAGAAGAUGGGCUACAAGAGUGGCCAGGCCCUUGGCAGAAGUGGAGAAGGCAUUGUUGAACCUAUUCCUCUGAACAUAAAAACAGGCAGAAGUGGGCUUGGUCAUGAUGAAUUAAAGAAGCGAAAAGCUGAAGAAAAACUGGAAAACUAUAGACAAAAACUCCACAUGAAAAAACAAGCAAAUGAACAAGCUGCAGAUGACUUCAGAGUAAGAUUCAAAAACAAACAAGAAGAACGUAAGAUGGAAGGGGACCUCCGAAAAAGCCAGAGGGCCUGCCAGCAAUUGGAUACGCAGAAUGGUAUUGAUGUUCCCAAGGAGACUUGGUAUUGGAUAGAACCUGAAGAGGAAGAAAGAAAGGAUGAGGAAGACAAGGAAGAUGCAUGCACAAGCUCAGACUUAAGUGUGUCAGAAAAGCUACAGAUCCUGACUGCCUAUUUGAGAGAACAACACUUCUACUGCAUUUGGUGUGGAACAACCUAUGAAGACUCUGAAGAUUUAUCUUCAAACUGCCCUGGAGACAGUGCUGCUGAUCACGACUAA